UUUGCACGAGCAAAUGAUUUGAGAAUUUUUAACCAAUGCAAAGUGAAAAGACACAUUUUUAGUCGUGCGUACCAUCGUGUGGUAUUGCUAAGAACACCAUACAGUCGCAGUGUACCUGCAGUGCUUUUGUUGCAUUAUUUUUUCAGUAAAUUUAUCCAGUCAACAGCCGUACGCACUGCGCCAACGAAAAGGCAGACCAUUAGUUCAAGCAAGAACUACGCGUCACACGCUCUCGUCUAAGUAGAAUGUUUCUCGUGGCCUUAACCGGUGGUAUAGCCUCCGGAAAGAGCACCGUUACUAGAAUAUUUCGUGAAAAUGGUGUUCCAAUCAUUGACGCCGAUGCCAUUGCUCGGAAAGUCGUUGAACCGGGCCGUCCGGCAUGGCAUAAAAUUAAGGCCACAUUCGGAGAGACCGUGUUCGAUGCAGACAGCGGCGAGCUGAACCGGGAGGCCCUGGGCCGUUUAAUAUUUGAUGACGUAGAGAAACGAAGACUGCUGAACGAAAUUACCCAUCCCGAAAUCCAUCGGAUCAUCUACAAGGAGGUCAUAAAGAGCUUCUUCUUAGGGUACAAUUUCGUAGUGCUGGAUUUACCGCUACUGUUUGAAACUAGAGUGAUGCUGCACUACAUCCACAAAAUAAUCACCGUAACUUGCGAAGAAGACAUCCAAGUAACACGUUUAAUGGACCGCAGUCACUACACGGAGGCGGAAGCGAAGAAACGUAUCAAAUCCCAGAUGCCUCUUGAACUAAAGUGUGAACAAUCACAUUUUGUAAUCGAAAAUUCCGGUACGCUAAGGGACACCGAAGAGCAAACGUUAAAAAUCCUGUCCAUUCUACAGGAUAGCAAUCAGCAUUGGAAAAUUCGCGGUAUCAUUUUUGCAACCGCCGCUCUGCUAGUUUCCAGCAUCGCUUGGAUUCUGAACUACAAAUACAGAUGGUUCAAUACGAACUGAUUGCCGGUAGCCAAGGGUAUGCGUAUUCUGCUGUGAAUCGGCUCUUGCGCUUCUUCAUUUUCCAGUUAAAUACUGUUUUACUGUGUUGUGUUCCAAGUGUUACAAUUUCUAUUAUUUUAUUUUGUUGUUUUGUUUCGUCGUGUUUUGUGUUGGAUUCUUUAUUUAAUAUUUUAUUUCCGUUCAAAUAUGCUCGCAUGUGAUCUACACGCAGAUACAUGGAAGCAGGAUAGAUGGAUAGAAACAGUGUCAAUGAGUCUUUUCCACGAGAACAGACACGAACUGCAUUUGAAGUUGAUUUAAAAAAGUGUUAAUCAUGUCGAUUAGUGCAAGUGUAUGAUUUUUGAGUGUAAAAUGUAUGUUGAACAGAUUGUCUAGUUGGGUGAUCAUUGGUAAUUCAAAAGAAAAUAUAAAGGGUAACAAGAU